AUUUCUCUUUCUUACAUUAUUUUAACAUUUAAUAUCUUUCUUCUUUCCCAAUAAAUCACAAUCACUCCCUUCUCCAAUUUUUCUCUCUUUCUCUUUUCCAAUCUCAUCUUCUCAAAUUCCAAUCCUUUUCUUUCUUCUCUCCCAAAAUCCCCAACAAACAUGCAUGUUCCAUUGAUAGACAGACUUAGCGAUUUUCAAUUGGGUUUCAAUUCAUUGCAAAACCCAUCUUUCUCUUCCCAAAUCACAACCACCUCGUUCAACGGAAUCCAAUCCGUUUCCAUAGCUUUCAAUUUCUGCAAGUGGGGUGCUGUCAUUCUCGCUUUAGUCGCAACAUUUAGCAGCAUCAUUAACAAAGUCACAGUUUUCAUCAUCCACCUCCGCAAAAAAGCUUCUUCUCUCCCUUCAAUCGCCUUCGACGACGACGACGAUUACACCACAUCCGACGAUGAGGAUUCUGCAAACGACGACGAUGUCAUUAGCUACUCUUCGUCAUCGGAUUUUGAAGAGGAGCCAUCUAUAUCCUCCUCUUCAAGUUUCCACGAGUUUUUUAGAGUCAGCGGAAGCAGUUAUCGCAUAAACGACGAGUUUCAGAGUCUAAACGACAGACAUAAACGACAACGCAGCAUCGGUGAUAUUUUUUCGCUUUUCGAACUCGCCAAAAAUGAAAACGUUGUUAAGCUUUGGGACAGUAUAGGAUUUGGUUUAGGAUUAGAUUUCGAUGAUUACGAGGACGGAGUUUUUUCCUCAAAAAACGACGUCGUUAGCAAACAACACGCGCCGUCAAGUUCCGUGGCUUCCCCAGCUGUAGUUGUUUCUGCGGGUGAAGGCGGGCGUGGUAAUCUUGCGGUCGAAAUUUGGGACACGCGCCUACGAAGAAGGAAGCCUUCAGUUGUUGCUGAGUGGGGGCCCACAGUGGGUACGGUGCGCGUGGAAUCUGGCGGCGUACAGAAGGUUUACGUAACUGAUAACGGACGUGACGGUUUGACAGUUGGUGACAUGAGGAAAGUCAGUAUGCCGUUAGGAAACGUAACGGAAGUUGACGCGUAUAAUACUUGGUGGGAUGCGGAUGCUGUUGUUGUUUCGGAUGAAUCUUAAGGGGAAGAUGGAUCAAUGUUGUGAGGAACUUGAAAAUUUGUAAUAUUGGAAUUUAAUUUCGGUUUGGUGCUCAAAAAUUUAAUUUAAUGUAGGAAAAUAAGGCAUCGCCGGAUAUUUUUUCUAAAAAAUUGUUCAAUUGUUUAUUCAGUUUAAAGUAUAUAGCUGUAAAUGAAUAAAUUAGUUCUUUGAGUUUGACAUUGGUCUCAAACGUGUGGCUGAAAAUAAACGAUCUUGCUU